UAUAGCAGGGCGCGGCCGGUUGUGGGUGGAGUGAUCUUAAGUCCCUGCUGCAGCAGAGCGCAACGCAGCAGCGGGACGCGGUGCGGGAGCAGCUGGUGCCGACAGAGCGGAUCGGGUGCGGAACCGCCACAGUGACAGCGAGGAGCGUCCGGAGACACCAUGGAGAACAGAACUUCAUAUGGAGAACACAUGUCUUCAUCCCAAACUGGGGUUUCCAAGGAAAUUAUCAACCCGGAAGUCAUUACUAUUUCAUCCACAGAAGGCACAAAACCGCCUGAGAAAAAAAUGCAACAUCCCCCAGCUAAGUCCUACAUUGUGCCAUCUGCUCAUCAUAGGUCUUCUCACCCUGUGGAGAGACAUGGCCAGCCUUCCUCUUCCAGUGGGGCACUAGAUUUACAAGCUGUGGUUGGACAGUCUCGAUCAUCUAUCUCUGGAAUCACCGUCCCAAUACGUUUGGAUGCCUUGUCGUAUUUGCUGAAUAAUGCUAUUACAGGAGCCUGCAAAACGCCCGCUCAAAUGCCGUGCCCUCCACAAACCUACCCGCCAUAUCCUUAUCCCCAGAUGGGUUGGCCUUGCUACAGCGCAUGCAUGAACUCCCAGUAUUGCUCUCUGCCUUUCCCAAACCAGUUUUCCGCUUGUCAGCCAGGAUAUAUGCCUUGUGGUAACCAACCAGGAGUUCCGGCAUUUCAGCAGCAGGUGCCUAGCUAUAGCCAAACGAUGGCUAGUACAACACAGAAUGAGGUCAAGAGUCCUUUACUCAACUUUCCAUCCCAAUCUGGAGGAAUGGCCUGUAGUUCUAAUGUAACAAACUUAGCACAGGACAAUAAUGAAAGUUCUCAGUCGGAUGCUAACAGAUGGGCCAAGAAACCUAACGAUAGGUUUGGUACCAAUAUGAGUAACUCCUUCUCUUCGGAAAGCCAACAGCAAAACUCUCCAUCGCGACGAGGUUUUGGAAGGUUUGGAGAUAAACAGAAUGAGGACAACUGGUCGGGCAGACAGCAGUCAAGUUUCAGGAGGGGAUUCGGAAGGGGCAGAGGAGACUUCGCAGGUCAGUCUCGGCAAGGUAACUCAAGAGGUCAGGAUAAAGAUUGGCAAUUUGGAGACAGAUCCCGUAACUCGGAUUUUGGUGGUCAAAAAAGGUUCUCGGAAAGCCCUGAGAGGGGCAACUUCUUCAAACGAGGCCGCUGGCCAGGCGGUAGAGGCGGUGGAGGAGAUAGUCGAGACACUUGGCAGCAGAGAAACAGACAGGAUGACUCCUCAAAUUGGGCAAACACAACAGCUUCAAAGGAGACGUUCAGCUCAGGUGGGGAAGCCAAAAUGACCAACAAGUCUAAUGGAGCAGCUGCUGAAGAUGAGAACUGGGAGACCGAUUAUCCAGAACAAGCUGCGAAUUCUAAAUUGGAUGAUUCCACUGGGAAAUGUUUGUUAAGUGUAAGUUCACCAUCGCUGUUUUCACCUAAGAGUGAUCCCACCAGACAAAGCAGUGAAUCUUCGGAAACCCUCAAGCCGGAGCUCAACUCAGUAGACGACAAAGACAAGAGUGACAAGCCCAAAGGAGGCUUUGCCUUAGAAGUUUCUAGAGAGAAGGAAGAGGGUGAAACGUAUUCCAGCUCUGAGAAAGUAGACGUGGAGGCAUUGGACCCUGAGCCUGAGGUUGGAGGACAGGAUUCUACUACAAGUCCAGUUGUGCCUUUGACAGAACGCAUGGAGGCUGUUGAAGCCACUAACGGGAGCGUUGGAGAGGAUGUCUGCUCCUUUGUUAUAUCUGUUGAUGGAGAUAAUACAAAAGGGAUUUUGGUGGAGGUGAAUGCAGAAAGCCAGUAAACAUGCCACUGUUUCACGGACUGUUCAGUCAUUUCUCAGCCUUUAGCUUGUUGUUACGUGUAGUCAUUUUAUACAGUUUUAUAUGUUUAUUAUAUCCCACCUCUAUAAUUUAGUUGAAUCUCCCAUACUGUAUGUCUCAGUUACACGAUACAACUUACCAGCACUUCUAAUAUGGGCCACCUAAAGGCUGUGUAGCAUUUACUGCAGAUGUUAUGUCUGGAAGCCACAUUUGAGAUCCAUAGUUUUUGAGCUCUCCUUUGAUGUCAACUAAUAGGUCCAGAUAGGUCCACUCUUGUUUUCAUACUAAUGUUUUAUAGACUUUGGAAUAGUGAAGGUUUUCUUCUAACGCUUUUGCGUUUAGAAAACUGGGUCCUUAAAUGACAGUAAUCUCAGUGGCUCAUGUGAUACUUAAAGUGUAUGAAUGUGUGGUUUACCGUAGGCCAGUUACCCACCAGCACUAUGCGUACACUUUUAGGAGAGUGAAACGCGUUGAAAUUAUUUUCACAAAAUUUCAGCGCUCCCUCCUUAUAGUCUGCCAUGCACUGUACUAGCAUUAAAAAUGUUAGUAAAGUGCCACUGGGUAUGAGCCUUGAGUACCACUAUUACUGAGUACCAAUGUCUGGAUGAAGAAAUGUAAUAGGCAUUACAAUGUUCUGAAGAGCCGUACAUUAUAACUGUACGCACAUCUCUCCCAUAUGCAAAAUAACAUGACUUGUAUCAUUUCCUCCAAGCGGACAGCAUCUGGUAGACAAACCUUUGUUUUCUGACUUAUUUGUUUGAAGCAUUUUGUGUCUUGCGUUCUCGGUGUUGUAGCACUGCAAGUCUUGUGUACCAUUCAAACACAAGUUGUUAUUUGCAGUCGAGAAUGACUGACUCUUUAUUGUAUGGUUGUUCUGUUUCAGAACAGGUUUCACUCUCCAAAGUUUUUUUUUUAUAUAAUAAAAAAGUUUGGGGUGUACAAAAUUGUACGUAACAACGGAGAUUCUCAAGCACACCUCUGUUUGCCUUUGAGAUAUACGAGAUAUCGUGCCCAGUGUAGUAAUAGAUUGAGAAAGUCUGCUUACUUUUACCAACCUGACAUUUUCUCCACCAUGUGCCGUCUAGUAUAAUAAGACAGUGUUCAUCUCCUGGUGGCACGUCCACCUUCUGAUCAUGUCUCCUGUCUACAACGUUGAGUAAAUUGUUAGAUAGGUUUUUGAGUCAUGUUUUUUGCGCAGUAAUAAAACCUGACGUGUUCUGUUACAA